AUGACUGAACUCUUUUUUUCAAUAGGCCUUGAUGACUGCCUCCAACAAUACAUUAAAAAUUUUGAAAGGGAAAAGAUCAAUGGGGAGCAGCUGUUACACAUCACUCAUCAAGAGCUUGAGGAACUGGGAGUCACUCGUAUUGGUCACCAAGAACUAAUUUUAGAAGCAGUUGACCUGCUCUGUGCAUUGAAUUAUGGUUUGGAGACAGAAAACCUAAGAACACUUUCUCACAAGCUGAAUGCCUCAGCCAAAAAUCUUCAGAACUUUAUAACGGGUAGAAGGAGGAGUGGCCAUUAUGAUGGCAGGGCCUCCAGACGACUGCCAAAUGAUUUUCUUACCUCUGUGGUUGACCUGAUUGGUGCUGCCAAGAACUUGCUAGCCUGGCUGGACAGGUCUCCAUUUGUCAGUGUAACAGAAUACUCAUUGCUAAAAAACAACAUUGUUCAACUGUGCCUGGAAUUAACAACCAUUGUGCAGCAGGAUUGCACAGUGUAUGAAACAGAAAAUAAAAUUCUUCAUGUGUGUAAAACUCUGUCUGGGAUCUGUGAUCACAUCAUUUCUCUCUCAUCUGAUUCUCUGGUGUCUCAGUCAGCACAUCUAGAAGUAGUUCAUCUUACCAGCAUUAUGCCCAGUGAGGGUUUGGGGAUGUAUAUCAAAUCAACAUAUGAUGGGCUGCACGUAAUCACUGGAACUACUGAAAAUUCUCCUGCAGACCAGUGUAAAAAGAUUCAUGCAGGGGAUGAGGUGAUCCAGGUCAACCAUCAAACUGUGGUUGGCUGGCAGUUAAAGAACCUAGUAAAUGCAUUGCGGGAAGACCCAAAUGGAGUGAUCUUAACCUUGAAAAAACGGCCUCAGAACACCCUGGUUUCUGCUCCUGCACUUCUGAAGAAUGUGAGGUGGAAGCCUCUUGCGCUUCAGUCAUGGUACAAUGGGGAGCACAAGCUGGCAAGUUGGACCCAGCUGGCUCCUGUAAUUCCAACCAGCGCAACUAGUAGCUCCACAACACCAACCAGCACAAUGGGCAUAUCCUCAAAAUUGGACAGUUCAGCUCUCCAGGACAUUUUCAUCCUCUCUCCUCUUUAUGGCCCAAGGGAUGACAUUGGAAUAAUGUCUUGUGAUGACAUCAGCAAAUAUGGAAAGUCUGGAAUGAAAGGCUCUGAGUCUCCAAGCUACUUUCUGGAGCAUGAAAGUGGAAAGUAUUACUCGUUAAUUGAAGGUGAGGGCCAUCCCAUGGGCUCUGAGUAUGAGAGAGGCAGAACAACAGGGGUUCGGAGAAGAGAAAAGACACCCACUCAUGGUGACUUGAGGCCUGUUUCUAUGCCUACAGAGUACAGCUGGAUAGGGGAGUCAAAAGAACAAAAUGUGUACAAGAGAGGAAGCCGAGAGGAAAAUUCACUCCUGCGAUACUUAAGUGAUGACAAGAUUUUAGUGAUCCAGGAAGAGCCUUUGACACAGAAAGACAACAAAAGGGACACCGGCCGCAGGUCAAGAAAAAAGGGCAAAAACACAGGCAGCCCAAACUAUCCAAUUAGCCCAUCUAUGCUGACAUCUACUGUUAAUGUUAGGCUUGAACCUGGGCAGCAAGAUGUCUUGAAUUUCUCACUGGCUGAGAGCAACACUGUUCCACUAUAUCACAAUGGUGUGUGGGACCUUGAUCUUUCCACCCUGAACACGAAAAAGAACCUUCAAAGUUCGGAAGAAUUGGUUGAGGAUGCAAAGAUGAUAGGAAACUUGGAAGGAAAUGAUCACAAUAUGAUAGCAUUUAUUAUUGUGAGACAGGGAAAGAAUGACAUCAGCAGGUCUAAGAUACUAGAUUUGAAAAAGUCAGAUUUCAACCAGGUCAAGGAGAUAGUGGGCACAGUACCAUGGAAAGACCGAAUGAAGGAUAAAGGAUCCCAGAUGAUCUGGCACUUUCUAAGGAUCACAGCAUCAGAAACUCAGAAGCUGUUUCAGCAUGAGGGAAGCACAAGCAGAGCAAUACGAGAGCAAUGUGGCUGUACAAGGAGUUUGUAG